AUGGCUUCCCAAGAUCAUAAACCAGAUUCGGACUCAUAUUGGCAGCGAACCCCAACUCUGGCAUUGAAACAAACUCUAUGCCUUUACUGCUGGGACAUAUCGUCCAAUCUCAAACGAUGCAUCGCUUGCAAACGGGUCUCAUACUGCUGCGUAAAGUGCCAAAAGCAAGACUGGAACAGAAACCACAAGCGAAUCUGCAAGGAGCUUGUUGCUUUGAACAAGCAGAAAGGAUAUGUGCCCUCAGCUGGCAGGCAUUGGAACGAUUACCGUGACGAGCAGAACCACCUGCCAACAAACUAUGACCAUAUUGUAUUCAUCAUUAGGCUAACACUUGCAGUUAGCUACGAACCAUAUUGCUAUCACUGUUACAGAAGAGAAUCUCAGCUUGAAGAUGGUGCGAAGCUUAACGCUUGCCGAUCCUGCCAUCUUACCUCGUUCUGCACCUCUUGCCAACAAACACAUCCAUCCGCAGAGUGCGCGACCUUGCAAGAUGUUGCAAUUGAUGAGAAGUUUUUCGUAAAUCUCUACCGGCGCACGGGAAAUACCUUGACCAUCUCUAUCUCGCAAUUUCCCAGGAGCCGAUAUUGUCUUCUCUCUUCUGCAGCCGAUUGGUAUGAUUACUACACGAGGCUCUCAGACAAGCGUGGCUUGAUCUUCAAAAUGAACCGGGAUUUAAAGUACCGCGCAAAUGACUCCAGAGAACAAGUAUUCGUCGAACAUAUGAGAUACGGUACCAAUGCGACAACUAUCCACCUCACCUUAAUCGCUGCUUUGGAGGCGACAAUGCCCAAUAUCGGCACCCGAGAUUCGAUCAACCUUCACAUUAUGGGUGCAGCUAGUAUGGAAUCUGCCUCUGUUACGGCAUUUGAGGAGCUAUUGCACCUCCUCCCGUCACUGAAAGCACUUCGUUUAUCAUUCGUGGGGCUAAAUGUAGAAACCCAGACGCCAUCCACUCUUCAGUGCUGUACCAUGUGUACCAAGGCGGGACGGUCGAUUUCCAUCACCACCUGGAGAGGUUCAUAUCACGCAUACGUCGAAACCAAAUUCUACAAGACGCCAGAUCUAGCAGCAGCCUUUCACUCUGGAUUUUCGGUAGACGAACAAGCGAGCUGGUACCCAACCAUCAGGUACCUUGCGCACGCUCCGCAUCCAACACUCUUUACUGCGUAUAGAUUCUUUGAGAUUGAGGGAGAGAUGAGAUUUUGGAAGAGUCUAGGAGCGGAAUUUGUAAAGGAAGCUGAAGUAAACAAGUGGAAGGGAAUGUCUCCUUCGCUCGCAGUGUGUGGGGACAAGCCGAACGAGGUGCUCUACAAAAAUCAUUGGUGGUAUAUUGUGAAACAAAGGUAA